CCCAGUUGUUCACGAGGAAUUAGAACUAGUUGUGAGGUGUAGGGUUUUAGCGACGAGAGAGAAAACACAGCCCAACCCGAUAAUGGCUGCAACAGAGGAAGCCAAAGAUGUCGGAAGAAAAACAAUGGAAUCGGAGGCGGUGUCCGAAGGACAAGAGAGAGGAAACGAGCCCCAAACAAUGGCGCCAUGGGAGCAGCACGCGAGCGUCAUUAGCAUCCCUCGAUUCGAUUACACAGCCCCUUCUUCUCUGCUUCAUCGUUCCCACUCCGGUUUCCUCGUCACGUGCACUAUCAAAAGGGAGAAGAGUGCAACCAAAGAGGUUAUGUCCAUCCUCGGAAAGUAUGUUGGGUCCAAAAAUGAGGCGAAAUCUGAAGUUCAUAGAUAUUCCGAUGAGAAUACCGCACCAAAAAGACAGAAAUUUUGUGCAGAAGAGAUAGACGGUGAAGGGAAGGCUGUGAUUCCGACUAAUGAUUCCUCAGAAGAAUCAGGUGAAAAUUCGAGAAAGGAAGGUCUCGAAAUCAAUCUUCUCAUGUCAUUGGUUAAGUUGACAAGAAGUGGCUUGCUUCUUCUUACCUUGUCCGAUGAGAGUUCCCCCGAUACUACCGAAAUCGUCACCACUAUCUUCCAGUCUCUGGAAUCUGGAGCUUUAAAGUCACCAGUCUGGUGCCACCGCAUAUUCCCUGUUCAAGCUACCUGUGGCUUGGCCGAGAAAGAACUCCAGGAAACAGUGUCAAAGCUUGUCCGUCGGUUUCUGAACGAUAAAAGCUUUAAGUUAUCAAACCCUCUGAAGUUUGCAGCUGGGUAUAACAGAAGAGGUAUGGAAGAGAUGGGCAGGAAGGUUUCGAAAGAUUCAUCAGAGGGUCGGGAGCAAAUUCCUGUCUUGGACCGUGGAAAAUGCUUCGAAGCAGUGGCAGCGGGAGUAAAAGAGAUUGUACCGGAUUCGAUAGUGGACCUCAAUUCUCCAGAGUUAUGCGUCCUAGUGGAACUUCUACCGGUAUCUGGGAUUCGUAGUGGCUCCUUUAUAGCUGCGGUUUCUGUCCUUCCUCAGAACCUCGUUACCACAAAGCCGAAACUCUGCAUCAAGCCGCUGGUGCCAGGAACGAAACAAACGGGGAAAACUCAAUAAAGCCAAUACAAUAUGCCCCGCCCGCCUUUGUAGCUUUUACCCGAAUGGAGAAGAACGUUUCCGUCUUGCGGUAAAGGGGUUUUGGAAGCUAGAAGAGAUGAUCCUUUCAUCUGAGAGGCCCUCAGGAUUAAGAAGAGCACCAGAUAGUUCAUAAUUUGCAUUUGGGCAAAAUGUUUCAGGGAGUUGUGUAAUACAAAUUCGUAUAAAACAUGUGGAGAAUACGUAUUUUGGUGAGUUUCUUUAACCAAAUAUUUGAAUAAAUUUUGUUACUACAA